AUGCUCCCUGGGCUAGUGCUCGAGUUUUAUGAAGAAAAAAAUGUCAUGGAGUACAUGAAGUGUGAAAGUUCUGAUGAUACAAAAUUACGACUAGUUGGUGAAAUUGCUUUAGGUUUAAAGUACUUGCAUCAACAACGGCCUCCCGUAAUUCAUGGUGACUUGCGAGGGGCAAAUGUACUCGUGGAUAGCAAAGGACACGCCAUUGUUGCUGACUACGGCCUAGCGUUAAUUAUGGGUUCGUCUGAGUUCACUUCCAUCAAAACCGCGGGAACUUGUCGAUGGACUGCCCCGGAAAUUAUGAAUCCGCCAAACAAUGGCGACGUCCCGUUGCCUCAAUUUACCUUCAAAAGUGAUAUAUUUUCGUAUGCUAUGACUGUCUUUGAGCAACCAUUUAACGAGAAAAAAAGUGACGGCAACGUCAUCUUUGCGAUCUUGAACGGGAGUCGCCCAGUGCUUCCGGAGUCUAUUGAAAGCAAGGCCGAUCUCGCAAACCUCGUCAGACAGAGCUGGAGUCAGAACGCCGAUCAAAGACCAACCGCUCGUCAGAUCUGCCGCAGAUUGAGAUUGACAACUUGGUAUGGGGAUUGGAUGGACACUCUCCGUGGAUAUCUGCCACUGUAG